GUAAUUUAGAAUUCACCUGAAAAAAUCUCUACACGAAAUGGAUGUUGCAAACGGAUCUACGUAUACACAUCUUUAUGGAGGAGCUCUAGGUAUCCAACUUCCUGGAGAUUUUAAUGAUCUAAGCGAUAUCAUGCCUAUAGAAGAUAACCAAGAAGUCUUCACUGACAUGAAGUACGACGCUAAACUUAUCAUUGAAGUUCUUGAGUGACUAGAUCUCAAUGAUGAAACAGCACUAAGUUCAAACUUCAAAGAGUUAGCAGAGACUCAGAAUGCAACUGAUGUUUGCAUUGAAAAAUGUGGCAUCAAUGCAGAAGUAGCACCAAAGAUCAGGGGUUCUAAUAUCAUAAAGUCAUAUUUAAAAGGAACUCAGCAUAUAAUCCCCUCGAAGAGAGCAGAUGAAGAUAGAGAAGAAGUGACCUUAUUUAUGGUUCAUUUGAGACUCAAGGAGCACGAUGCAGAUAUUUUGGUUACCUUGAACGUUCCAAAUAAAGCAGCAAAUACAGAUAGUUACGAAGAUGUUUUAAACUAUCACACAAAUGUUUUUGAGAAUAUGAAUAGGACUCUGGAGAUCAGGGAUCUCAGUCUCUUAUUUGGAUAA